ACUUCAUCUGCAUCAUGAGGCAGCAGGCCAACUGGCCACCAGGGCAUGAGUGAUGGAUGGUGGUCCUAUAAUCACUCGUCCAUUUGUUAAUGUCACUUACACUUAGUGGGUCCCACUUUCUCUCUCACCCUUCCCACCACCUCGUUUCCCUCAACACCCUCUCUUCAUAGAUAAUACUAACAAACACACCCCACUCUCUCUCACGUCACCCACUUGCUCCGCAGAAACACACUCUCUGCACACCACAUUCCCAGAAACAUCCUCAACAACACAUCCGAAAACAAACACAAAACGCAAAACCAGAGCCUCUCUCUCUCUCUCGCUCUGUUUCUCUCCACAGAAGCAGAGAAUGCAUCGCUUCAUCGUCCUCACCAUUCUCCUCUCCCUCACCCUCGCAGAUGGAGGUUCCAUUGGAGUUAACUACGGUCGAAUAGCGAACAACCUUCCCUCCGCGGUUAAGGUCGUUCACCUCCUCAAAUCGCAAGGACUGACACGUGUCAAAGUCUACGACACCGACCCAGCAGUGCUCCGGGCACUAUCCGGAUCCGGAAUCAGAGUGACGGUUGAUCUUCCAAACCAGCAACUCUUCGCAGCAGCCAAAGCUCCCUCCUUUGCAUCCUCAUGGGUCGAAAGGAACGUCGCCGCAUACUACCCACACACCCAAAUCGAAGCCAUUGCGGUCGGCAACGAGGUUUUCGUGGACCCACACAACACCACCAAGUUCCUCGUACCCGCCAUGAAGAACAUCCAAAAAGCCCUCACCAAACACAACCUCGACAAAGACAUUAAGGUUUCCUCCCCCAUUGCACUUUCCGCACUAGCAAACUCUUACCCUUCCUCCGCCGGGUCGUUCCGACCCGAACUUGUUGAACCCGUUUUCAAGCCCAUGCUAGACUUCCUCCGCGAAACCGGGUCAUACCUUAUGGUUAACGUGUACCCGUUCUUCGCGUAUGAGUCCAACGCUGACGUCAUCUCUUUAGACUACGCUCUGUUCCGUGAUAACCCCGGAGUGGUGGAUCCCGGUAACGGGUUGAGAUAUUAUAACCUAUUUGACGCCCAAAUUGACGCCGUUUUCUCCGCGCUAAGUGCUUUGAAAUACGACGACGUUAAGAUCGUGGUUACCGAAACAGGUUGGCCUUCUAAGGGAGAUAGUAAUGAGGUGGGUGCGAGUGUAGACAACGCUGCUGCGUACAACGGGAAUCUCGUCCGUAAGAUCUUGACCGCUGGUGGGACCCCUCUCAGGCCCAAAGCGGAUCUCAUCGUUUUUCUGUUCGCGCUUUUUAAUGAGAACCAGAAGCCCGGGCCUACUUCCGAGAGAAACUUUGGGCUUUUCUACCCUGACGAGAGGAGGGUUUACAAUGUUCCGUUAACGACGGAGGAACUCAAGGACUACCACGAUCGUCCGGCGCCGGUGAGCGGCGGCGGACAGCAGAAGGGAACGCCGGCGCCGGCGCCGGUUGUGAGCGGCGGGGUCUCCAAGAGUACCACUGGAAACACGUGGUGCGUUGCAAACCCGGAUGCGGAUAAGGUUAAGCUGCAGGCGGCUCUAGAUUUCGCUUGUGGUGAGGGAGGUGCUGAUUGCCGUCCGAUUCAGCGCGGUUCCACGUGUUACGAUCCUAACACGCUUGUGGCCCACGCUUCUUUCGCGUUCAACAGUUAUUACCAGAAGCAGUCGCGCAAGGGUGGUAGCUGCUAUUUCGGGGGUACGUCGUACGUUGUCACGCAGGAGCCGAAGUAUGGUAGCUGCGAGUUUCCUACUGGAUACUAAAAGCUGAAGAGGACAGAGAUAUUCCCGCAUGAGAAUAUGCGUCUGGCUGAUUUUGCUUUGUGUAAAGUAUGUUAUGAGGUGUCUGGAAGUGUGAAACUAGGAAGAGAAGAUAAAUUACUUCUUGGUGGUUAUAUUAGUUUUAAGAUUUUUUGGGGUUAUGGAUUAUGUUAGUUAAUAAAUGUUGACUUUUCUUCCAGUUGGUGGGAACUGGGAAUGGGGUAGCUAAAUUAAUUUAACGGUUGGGACUAAAGUAAUUUGUAUCUAAGUUUUUUUUUUUUUUUUUACUUUGCAGUAGACUUUAUCUUUAUGAUUCCUGAAGUGGUCAUAGUUGUUCUUCAGGUUUCGUCAUAUUUUAAGCCAAUAGUUUAAGAGAAGUACCUUUUUCUUCCACUGCA